CCUGCGCAGUAGGUACGACUUUUCAAAAUGGCGGCCAAGCUGGUUCGAGUUAUUUCUCAAAUUUGAGGCGAUGAAAUAGCGAUGUUUAGGAGUUCAUAUUGAUUAUUUGUCUGUUUCUGGUGAAAAUGUCUCUUGUAGCAUAUGGAGCAAGCGACGAUGAAAGUGAUAGCGAUAAUCAAGAGGAGUUUUCGAGCGGAAACGCGAAGGAGCCUUCAAAUCAACAAUCUACUUCCUCGAAAUUUGAAGAGAAAGGAACUCCAGCAAACGUUGGUGAGAAGAACACUUUGCAAAAAUCCGGCUUUGCAGCAAAACUCCCACCUCCUAAAGUCACCGUUAAGCGAACCGCGACACACCUUUCGAGUUUAGCUUCGCUUUUACCGAAGCCGAAAAAUGAAUCGGUAAGACCGUCUUUCCCCGAUACACAACCUGGGCCUGCAGGUUUGGACUUAGGCGAAGAAGAUGACAUAAUCGAGAUCGAAGAGGAGUAUGUAUCAUUGAGCAUGACAAAAAAGAAAUCAGAUGUAAAGGACACAGCAGAGGACUCUAAGUCUAUUGGUAGCCUUUUCUCACGAAUGCCAAAACCUUGGUCAUGGCAAAGUAGUGUUUCCCUGGGAAAGAAGUCAGAUAGUGGAGCAGAGGUAGCAAGUUCCAAGGCAAAGCAGACUGUCAAGAUUUCUGCUGUAUCAAUGCCAAAGCAAGCUGAUUCUGAUGAUGAGGAUGAAGAUAAACCAGCACCUAAGAAGUUCAAACCUUCUGGGAGUGGGUCUGGUCUUGCAGCCUUGCUUCCUAAACCAAAACACAGUGUCACAGUCAAAUCAAAUCCCAACAAGCCAUCAGCUAAACUAUCAAACCGCCCUCUUGUGCCUCAUACACUCACAAAGAAACCAGUUGCUCCUGUCAAGGCAAAAGCUGCUAAACCUGCCAAAAAGGAUGAUGAUAAUGAUAGUGAUGACGAUGAUGAGGGUAAUUCAGGACCUGCAAACUUUUUCUCAUUUGGUGAUAAGCCACAAUCUAAUGUUGAACUGGAUGCAGCCACAAUGGUAAAAUCUGAAAUACCACUACCAGCCCCAGAGAUUGCACCAGCUGAUCCGAACCCUAUCUCCAAGACAUCAACUUUAUCUCAAAAUCACAGAGAGGUUGGAGAUGAUUCUGUAUUAGCCUCAGGAUCAAACAACGCCAGUUCUAAUAAUUACAGUAGAGCAUUAUCAUCAUCUGCAGCAUACGGGACUAAUGACAGUACAAGUGGAAAUGCAUAUGGGGGUAGUUUCUAUGGUAGUGCCUCGUCAUCAUCACCAUCAUCUGCUACGUAUGGGGCUAGCAAUACUAGUGAUGUGUAUGGGGAUGGUUUUUAUGGUGGCCCUUCUGGAUCACAUCAAACUGAGGCGACAGCACCUUACUAUAAUUAUCAGGCUUACACUGGCAAUGACAUGAAUUCUUCAGCCAACUCUAGCCAGCCAUACUAUACAUCCUAUGAUGCGCCCCAGAGCCACACCCAAGUGCAGCAACCUACAACAGAUACUGAUCAAUUAGAUAUGGAACAGCUUCGAAAACUGCAAGGGAAGAAAAAUCGCAAGGAACAGAUCAAUAUAAUUGACAUCACUGCUGCCGACCAGACAAAAGAUGUGGAGUUGAUGCUGACAAAGAUGAGCUCAGAGGAGGUGGCUCAUCGCCCUUCAAAGAAAAAAGGGAACAUGCCUACCUCACAGCAAAGGCGCAAGCAUCAGAUUACAUAUCUUGCUUUCCAGGCUAAAGAAAAGGAGUUUGAGCUAAGACAGCAGUGGUCGGCAAACAGACAAACAAAGCGUCAGACACAAUCGAAGUAUGGGUUCUAAGGAAAACUACAUAAUGUAGUAUCAUGGAGUUAAACGUUUCUAUAAGUUCAUCACUGGGUUUGGGUAAGACAGAAAAACAUUGGGCUUCUAAGGAUGAUCACUGUUAUAUGACCUUUGUAAUGAACUUGAAACUAUGUACAGUAAAGCUUGUGUAUUUUAA